AUGUAUGCAACAAGUCUGCUAUCAAGGUUCAUGCAGAACCCAAGCCAGAUACAUCUUGGAGCAGCAAAGAGAAUACUAAGACACCUACAAGGUACAUUGGAGUAUGGUAUAUGGUAUAAGCCUACUUCAGAUUCAAGGCUGUAUGGAUAUACCGACAGUGACUAUGCUGGAUCGGUAGACGACAUGAAGAGCACCUCCGGUUACGCAUUCACAUUAGGUUCUGGCAUUUUCUCAUGGGCAUCUAAGAAACAAGAGACAGUCGCACAAUCAUCCGCAGAAGUAGAGUAUGUGGCAGCUGCAACCUCAACAUGUCAAGCAAUAUGGCUGAGAAGAAUAUUUAGCGACAUGGGUGAAGAAUAG